AAGGAAGGAGGAAGGGGGCGCGCGGCUCGAGCUGGCGCCGAAAUGGGAGAACGGCGCGAGUGAGAGGGGAGGGGGUGCUGGGCGGGCACCAGGGAGCCGCGUGGCCCCUCGGCGGGGGCGCCCUGGGCAGGCGCGCAUGGCAGGCCCCGCGCCGUGAUCCUGGUGGGGCGAGAAAGAAGGGCACAGCUUGCACCACCAGUCCCGGGCCGAUGUCCCAGGUGAGUGGCCAGCACCCCCCUCACUGCGACGCACCCAAUGAAGCCCCCAGCGCAGCUCCGGGCCCAGUAUCUUGAGUACUGAAGGUCUGGUCCUGGACCUCUGACACUAACUCCCUGCGCGGCUUAGUCUCCACAUCCGCCCUUAGAGGUUUGUCUGCCUGUUUGGAGAGGCCUGUCUCAGCUGCCCUGGUCUACCUGGGCCUUCUGGAGAGUAAGUUCCUCCAAGAACGGGGCUCCUUCAGGCUGGAGAGAGCUAAGCCCAGACCUCAUCCCUCCUGCCUGGGCUGGAGGUAGGAACAGCAUCCACUCAUCCUGUGGAGGCUGCGCUAGAGGAGGGCUCCCUGGAGGAGGUGGCAACCCCCAUGCCCCAAGGCGAUGAUUCUGGGGCACCCCAGGCCCUGGACAGCACUGACCUCGAUGUCCCCACAGAAGCUGUGACAUGCCAGCCUCAGGGGAACCCCUUGGGCUGCACCCCACUACUGGCGAAUGGCUCUGGCCACCCCUCGGAGCUGGGCAGUGCCAGGCGGGCGGGGAAUGGUGCCCUGGGUGGCCCCAAGGCCCACCGGAAGUUGCAAGCACACCCAUCUCUUGCCAGCCAGGGCAGCAAGAAGAGCAAGGGCAGCACCAAAUCGGCUGCCUCCCAGAUCCCUCUCCAGGCACAGGAAGACUGCUGUGUGCACUGCAUCCUGUCCUGCCUGUUCUGCGAGUUCCUGACGCUGUGCAACAUUGUCCUGGACUGCGCCACGUGCGGCUCCUGCAGCUCGGAGGACUCGUGCCUCUGCUGCUGCUGCUGCGGCUCCGGCGAGUGUGCUGACUGCGACCUGCCCUGCGACCUGGACUGCGGCAUCCUGGACGCCUGCUGCGAGUCGGCGGACUGCCUGGAGAUCUGCAUGGAGUGCUGUGGGCUCUGCUUCUCCUCCUGACCCGCGACAUGCCAGCAGGGUCGCACACAGCCCGGUCAGCCCCCGCCCCUGGUCCUCUGUCCUGGGCCACGUGCCUUCGCAGAACCCCAGCCGGGUGAGAAGGGGGGCGGGGCGCUCCGGAGGCCACCUCAGUCACAGAAGCUGGGCCCACUGCAGACAGCCCGUCCUCCUGCGGGUUCCUGGCGAUACACAGCACCGAGGACCUCGUGGGGGAGGGCUAGUGGCAGAACCGCUCCUGGACCAGCUGCCUGGGCUGCAGAACACUGUGAAAGUUGGGGGAGGCGGCAGGAACGUGGGGACAGGGCGAGGGCCAGGCGGGGCUGUGCGCUUCUCUACCUCUCACUGCUCCUGGUGCCUCCUCCUGCUGCUGCCCCAGGCUUAGAGAACAGCAAAAUGUGAAAAGAGACACCCCACCCUGCCCUCAGCCAAGCCCCUCCCUGUUCUCCUUUCCUGGGCUUUUGUGGGGGCCUGACCCAUACAGUGACCCGAGCUGGCAGAGCUGAGCUUGGACCUGAGGCAGAGCGGGAGUGGGAAUGGAAUGGUAUAGAAAAGACUGGAAGGGGAGAGGGAGGGAAUGGAGGGAGGGU